AUGGCACCCGGUUAUGGAAAGAGGAAUAAAUCGAAGAAACACAACUGCGCCGUAUGUAAAUCCGCCGAUAACAGCAGAAUGGUGCAAUGCGAUCAUUGCAAAAGCUGGAAUCACUUUGAGUGCGUAGGUGUUUCCCAGGAUGUCGAAAAUCGCCCAUGGAGCUGCCAAGCCUGUACCGGAGAAAAUCCAACGCUGAAACCGAGCAGCAAUGCGCGUGCCAGUCAGAGUACGAGUACUCAAGAAGUGAUUGACGUGGAGCAAGAAGAUGACGAUUCUUCUAUAUAUUCGAAAGCCAGCCAGCAGUCGGGAAAUUCGGAAGCAGUCAAACUACAAUUACAGCUACUCGAAGAAGAGCAGCGGUUAGAGCAAAAGUACCUGCAAAAGCGAUUUGAAAUCCUAAUGAAAGCGGCUGGCGGUGCUCCCCCGGAAAAGAUAUCGAUCUCACAUCCAGGGGCUCCGGCUCACCAUUCUUCUCCAUACGAUGUCGCUCCUCCAGAAACGCAUCGCCACAGCUUCGACCCGUUGCUCCUCAACCGUAGUCAAGUCGCAGCACGCCAAGCCAUCCCUAAAGAACUGCCAUCGUUCAACGGUGAUCCGGAGGAAUGGCCAUUGUUCUUGGCUACAUUCGAGAAUACCACAAGAAUGUGUGGUUACACGUCCGAAGAAAAUCUCACACGCCUACAACGUUGCUUAGGAGGAAAAGCAAGGGAAUCCGUUCGCAGUCAAUUGAUGCAUCCGUCGAACUUAAACAGCAUAAUUUCUACGUUGAAAAUGCUGUACGGUCGUCCAGAAAUAAUCGUGCGAACGUUGAUCCAGAAAAUCCAAGUUUUGCCAGCGCCAAAGGCAGAAAAAUUGCAAACUUUAGUAGAUUUAGCCAUUGAAGUACGGAAUUUGGUAGCCACAGUUAAAGCUUGUAAGCUCGAUGACCAUCUAUACAACGUAACCCUGCUUCAAGAGUUGGUAGACCGUCUACCCCCAAUGAUAAAACUAACUUGGGCGGUUUAUCGCCAAAAUAUGGAACGGGUUACUUUGCAUGACUUCAAUGAGUGGUUGUAUAAAUUAGGAGAGGCAGCAAGCACAGUUACGGUCACACUUCCCAUUGGUGUUCCCGAUAAGUCUAGAAGGCAUCGUAAAGAAGAUGGAUAUUUGCACGCGCACCGUGAGUCAUCCCCAGAGCAAAAUGUAAAGUCUAUUCCGAAUCAACAUAAGAAACCAACCCCCGCGAGUUACUGCACAAUCUGUUCGGAUGAGUGUCAGUCAGUAGAAAAGUGUCAAGUUUUCCUAGAAAUGGAUAAGGCCUCCAGGUGGACCGCUGUGCGGGAGGGUAGCCUGUGUCGACGAUGCUUGAAAAAACAUAGUGGAUUUUGCCGACGGAACACACCAUGCGGUGUACAGGGAUGCAUAUGCAAACACCAUUAUCUGCUCCAUAACGAUCGCUCCAACCAAACAAUGGUACCGAAAUCAACGACCACUCCAGAUGAUUCUCGAAAAGAUUUCACCAACGUUCAUCUUAAUAAACACAGUAGCACCGUGGAUCAAGUUUUGUUCCGCUAUGUACCUGUAACACUACACAACAACGGAACCCGAAUUCGAACGCAUGCCUUUCUAGACGAUGGCUCGUCUUUGACACUCCUUGAGGAAGAUUUGGCUCAGGAAUUACGUUUGGAAGGACCUUCUAGUCCACUGUGUUUGUAUUGGACCGCAGGUACCAGUCGGUAUGAGGAUGCAUCACGCCUAGUGUCAGUUCAAAUAUCAGGUAUUCGGAAUGAACAAAAAUUACUUCGGCUUUCGGAUGUUCAUACAGUUAAGCAGCUCAAACUUCCUCCACAGUCACUUGACUUCAAUCAGCUAGUCUUGCAACAUCACUACCUAUCCGGCCUGCCGGUUGACUCAUACCUAAACGUUCGACCCGGGCUAUUAAUUGGUUUGAACAACAUAAGAGCGAGUCACGUUUUGGAUAGCAGAGAAGGUGUAGAAGGCGAACCCGUAGCAUCGAAAACGCGUUUAGGCUGGUCUGUCUUUGGCAGAACCAGUUCAACAAAACCAUCAGCACUUUAUGCAUCUCAUUCGAGUUUCCAUAAUUGUUCUACCGACGAUUCACUUGGUGGUUUACAAAAUGCGGUAAAAAAUUUCUUUUCCCUCGAAAAUUUGGAAAUAGUUGAACUGAAAAAGUUGCCCAUGUCUAGAGAAGAUGAACGCGCCCUGGAAAUGAUGGAAUCUUCAAUGACAUUUCGAAACGGACGCUAUCAAAUGAGUUUACUCUGGAAGUACGACGAUGUUCGUUUGCCGGACAGCCGUGGUAUGGCGCUUAGGCGUUACGAUUGUUUGAAGCGCAGAAUAGCACGAGAUACUAAACUUGCGGACGCACUGAAGGUAAAAAUGCAAGACUACGUUGAAAAAGGAUACGCCCGUAAAUUGGGUCCUGCUGAGAUUGAAACUCACCGAGCCCGAGUGUGGUACUUACCGAUUUUUCCGGUGUUUAAUCCAAAUAAACCCGGUAAGUUAAGGAUCGUAUGGGAUGCAGCAGCGGCAGCCAAUGGAACCUCUUUAAAUUCCGUUCUGAUGAAAGGUCCCGAUCAAUUAACAGAAUUGCCUGGAGUUCUAUUUAAGUUUCGGGAGCACCUGGUGGCAGUAGGAGGUGACAUCCGCGAGAUGUUCCACCAGGUGCUCAUGAAUGAAGACGACCAACAUUGUCAGAGGUUUUUUUGGUGCGAUGACAACAACCAGACUUACCCCGACACGUACAUGCUGCAGGUUAUGUCAUUCGGAGCAACAUGCUCUCCCAGUUGCGCUCAGUUCGUCAAGAACAAACACGCUGAUCGUUUUCAAACAACUUACCCCAAAGCAGUAGCGGUAAUCAAAAGUAGCCAUUACGUCGACGAUAUGUUUUUUUCCGUGGAAACCGAAGAGGAAGCCACAAAAUUGGCGAAACAAGUGCAUCUCAUUCACUCCGAAGCUGGGUUCGAAAUGCGGAACUGGAUUUCGAAUUCUGCCUACGUUCUUGAGUCCCUGGGUGCUGAGCUGGUUCCAGAAAAAAACAUGGAUAUUGCAACUGAUAUCGCUGGGGAGAAGGUCCUUGGAAUGUGGUGGUCAACCACAUUAGACGUAUUCUCGUACAAAAUCUUUACCAAGAGGAACAUUGAAAUUCUACAAGGUGGCAAAGGUCCUUCUAAACGAGAACUCCUUAGUACUCUAAUGUCCAUUUAUGAUCCUUUAGGACUAAUCGCACACUUUUUAAUGUUUUUAAAAAUCCUGCUUCAGGAUGUCUGGAGAUCCGGCAUUGAUUGGAACGAUCCAAUUGGUGAUAAAGAGUACGAAAAAUGGAAAACCUGGCUACAAUUUCUUCCAACACUCGAAACGUUAAAAAUUCCCCGAUGCUAUCGGCUCCAAACAUCUGAACGAUCCAGCAAUAGAAUACAACUGCAUACAUUUGUGGAUGCGAGCGAGAACGGUUUCGCUGCUGUCAGCUACUUUCGGUUCGAAGAGAAUGGCAACGUGGAGUGCUCAUUGAUCGGAGCGAAAAGUCGUGUCGCUCCUUUGAAAUUUCUAUCGAUACCCCGUUCCGAACUGCAAGCAGCUAUCAUAGGUUCACGCUUGGCAAAAAGCAUCGAAAAAGGUCACAGCUAUAAAAUUUCAAGAAGAUUCUUCUGGACGGAUGCUCGCGAUGUUUUAUGCUGGCUGAAUUCCGAUCAUCGGCGUUAUUCCAUGUUUGUCGCUAAUCGCGUAAGUGAACUUCUAGAAGAUACAAAUGUUGCCGAGUGGAAGUGGGUUCCCACUAAGCUAAAUGUCGCGGACGAGGCCACAAAGUGGAAGCGCGCUCCUAGUCUUGAAGAUUCCAGCCAAUGGUUCUGUGGGCCACGAUAUCUACUGCUACCUGAAGAAAAAUGGCCAAUCAUGCCGGAACUCGCAACUACGAAUGAAGAACUGCGUCCCAGUGUACUGCAUCAUAGCUGUGGUGAUGUCAAGUGGAUCAUACCGCCUACUAGAUACACAAACUGGAGUAAAUUGCUACGAAUGACAGCAUACAUUCAACGGUUUCCUUCUAAUAUUCGAAAAACAUGUUAUAUUGGACCCGUAAACUCUGAAGAGCUGCAAGUUGCCUCGAAUUAUUUGAUUCAAAAUACACAACGCGAGGUUUUUGCUGACGAAUGGGGUAUCCUGAAGGUCGAUGGCAAAAUCCCGAAAUCGAGUUCAUUAUACAAAAUUGAACCAUAUUUGGAUGAGUUCAGCAUAAUGCGUGUACGCGGUCGUUUGAGUGCCUGUGAAUUCUUGGAUGAAUCAGGUAAGCACCCAAUUAUACUCCCUAGAAAACACCGCGUUACAUUAUUGAUAAUUCUUGGCAUCCACGAAAAAUACCAUCAUCAAAUGCACCAAGCAGUUAUAAAUGAAAUACGAACUAAGUUCUAUAUUCCUAAAAUUCGAUCAGCCUAUUAUCAUGUUAGACAGUAUUGCCAAUUUUGCAAAAACCAAUCUGCGAAACCAAAACCGCCUCGUAUGGCCGACCUUCCUUCAACUCGCCUUGCCGCGUAUACCCGGCCAUUUUCUUACAUGGGGGUUGACUAUUUCGGUCCAAUGGAAGUCUCUGUUGGACGACGUGUAGAAAAACGAUGGGGCGUUUUGGCAACAUGCCUGACGACUCGUGGUGUACAUAUCGAGGUUGCCCACACACUUAAUACCGCUUCAUGUAUCAUGGCCAUUCGGAAUAUUAUUGCUAGACGGGGCACUCCAAUAGAAAUAAUAAGCGACUGUGGCACUAAUUUCGUAGGUGCUAGCAAGGAGCUGAAACAGGCAUAUGCAAAUGUAAAUCAGGAACAGAUGAUUAUUGCGUUCACUUCUGCAGACACAAAAUGGUCAUUCAAUCCUCCGGCCUCUCCCCAUAUGGGCGGAAGCUGGGAACGGCUGAUCCAGACUGUGAAGAGGGUGUUGGCAAACGUCCUUCCAAAGCAACGUCUUCCAAGUGAUGAAAUAUUGCGAAACGCACUUAUAGAAAUUGAGAAUAUUCUCAAUUCGAGGCCGCUGACUUACGUGCCAGUUGAUGACGAAGCCUCCCCGGCGCUGACACCAAACAGUUUUCUUCAAAGCUCUUCUUCUGGAUGCAAACCGUUAAUACUAAACGACGACACCGGAAUGGCUGUUCGUAAGGCUUGGAUGACUUCUCAAAUUAUAGCCAACUCCUUCUGGAAACGUUUUGUAGCAGAAUAUCUUCCGGAGAUAACCCGUAGAACAAAAUGGAUUACAUCUACCGAUCCUUUGAAGAUUGGUGACAUCGUUGUAGUAGCUGAUCCAAAUUCACCUAGGAACUGCUGGCCUAAAGGGCGCAUCAUCGCAACCAACCCAUCGACUGAUGGGCAAAUUCGUUCAGCGGUUGUACAAACUGUAGGUGGGAUCCUGACGAGACCAGCGGUAAAGUUAGCGGUGUUGGACGUCGGUGCAAACGGUAAUGACGUGGACCAGGGUCCACCCACUGCGGGGGAGUGUCGCGUACAUACCUUGUGCGACAAUUCACCUUGCGAACCAACACAACUCAACAAAUCCAACUAG